AUUAGGGAAAUUUUAUAAAUGUAGUGACUGCUGUUCAUUUAGAUGAAUUAUAAAAUAAUAAUAAUUAUUCAGACAAAAAAUGUUUGCAAUGUGAUAAAAGAACAUAAGUCUAUAAAUCUCGUUAUGGACAUCCCCCGGUGGGAACCAUAAGCAUAUGCGCUGUUGAAGAGUGGACUGUUUUUGAUGUAACACUCGACCUCGACCGCAGCGGACAAAUGGAAUAGCGCUGUAGUGAAACUGAACUCAAGAGAAAUGAAAUGUUCUGUAGGUAACACACUGAUAAACUUGAGGUGACCAGGAUUUUGUCCAGUUAAUGAUUUUUACCCAGUGUCCUCCAUUCUUUAGCUAAGCGUGUCCGACUACAACAACAACAACAACAAAACCCACCGCCUUUAACGUCCUGUGUAGUUUCAGCAUCAUUUUAGGGAACUUAUGAAACUAAAAACUUGCGAAGCUACAUUGCACCUAACCUCUAACUUCCGCUAGCAGGUUUUCAGUUCAGUGCGGAUUGAUGUACUGUUGUGUGCAUGUAUGCAGCUUUGCGAUUAAUUCAUGAGUUCUCGCACAACUUUUGACAGCUAGCUAUACUCCAGGUAGGCAGCAGUCUGUUCAGAGCUUUCCAGCAGAAAUGCUUUUGACUUGCAUUCGUUUUUGUCAAAAGGCACCAUCUUUACUGACACUCAGCCGACUACGGACAGUCCACCUGUUUCAGAAACAAACUCCUAAUGGCUGGAGCUCGAGAAGUCCAGGCUUCUACUCGUCUGAUUUACGAUCAGCUGCAGUGUUUUGUUCAAGCCCUUCUCCAUCCAUCCGUCUCCUGUACCGCUUAUCCUACACAAGGUCUCGGGGGAACCUGGAGCCAAUCCCUGGGAGCUCGGGGCACAAGGCGGGGGACAUCCUGGAUGGGGUGCCAACCCAUCGCAGGACGCAAUCACACACACACUCACGCACAAUGGACAAUUUGGAAAUGCCAAUCAGCCUACAUCGCAUGUCUUUGGACUGUGGGAGGAAACCGGAGUACCCGGAGGAAACCCCCAAAGCACGGGGAGACCAUGUAAACUCCACACACAGAGGGCAGAGGCAGGGUUCGAACCCUCAACCCUGGAGGUGUGAGACAACUACUAAGCCACCGUGCCCCCCGAGCCAUUCUUCUAUUUGUCACAAAACUAUUUUGCCAAGACACCUUUCCUCUGCUCCAGUCUGUAUCCAGCAGCUUCCUGUCCGCUUCACAGCCAUCAGUGGUCCUGUGAAGGAGUUUCACACUUCAGCUGGACUCCGUGCGCCGCCUGCUGUGCUGCUCUGGCUGCUGGUCAAACCUCUGCACAAGGUCACAGCCAUCAUCCUGGGAAGAAGUAUCAGGAAAUGGUGGAAGGCUUUGCCAUCCAAUAAGAGGCAGCUCUUUCGUGAGUGGGCGUGGCAGCGGCGAUGGCGUCUGAUGGGUGUUGGCACAGGACUGCUGCUCUUCAUCUCGCUCUUCUUCCUCACCUACAUGGAAGAGACUCCUGUGACUGGCAGAAGCCGGUUACUGGUUUUCAGCAGGGAGAACUUUAUUAAACUAACUGAUCAUGCUUCAGAAAUGUACUUAGAGGAAUAUGGAAAUUCGUUCAUCCCCGAUUUUGACCCCAGGCAUCAGGUUGUUAAGCGAGUGGUCCAACACUUGGCUGAUAGAAACCGGGAUAUUGAAGGGAUGAAUUCUGUACCCUGGACUGUUCAUGUGAUAGAGAAGCCCAUUGUCAACGCUUUCGCCAUGCCUAAUGGGAUGAUAUUUGUCUUUACAGGAAUGCUGGAGGCUGUUGGAGACGUCCAUCAGCUGGCUUUUGUCCUGGGGCAUGAGAUGGCCCAUGCUCUGAUCGGUCAUGCCGCAGAGCAGGCUAGUUUGGCUCAUGUGCUGGAUCUGUUAUCUAUGAUCCUGUUGACAAUGAUUUGGGCAAUCUGUCCUCGAGACAGUCUCGCUUUGUUGGGGCAGUGGAUACAAGGCAGACUAGUUGAGAUCUUGUUUGACAGGCCUUACAGUCGGAAACUGGAAGCUGAGGCUGAUCAGGUUGGACUGCAGCUGGCGGCUAAGGCAUGUGUGGAUGUGAGAGCCGGGCCUGUGUUUUGGCAGCAGAUGGAGUUAUUUGAUCAAAUAAAAGAAGAGCCCACUAUGCCCGAGUGGAUUUCCACACACCCCUCCCACCACAGUCGCAUCACACACCUUGACCAUCUCGUCCCAGAGGCUAUAGAGCUCCGUGCGAGAUGCGGCUGCCCUGCCCUUCCUGACCCUGAUCCCCGGGCUGUCUUUUCCAAGAUUGCACAAAAGUUGCUUGAGGACGCAGAGAAAGGAAAAAACAAAGCAAAAAGAGAAGAGAAGGAGAGAGAACGAGCGGCAGGCACACAGCAGAGAGUCCAGCCUCAGUUAGGGGCAGCGUUGGUGAUAUCAGCCCAACAGCAGACUCUGCUCAGUAAAGAAGACUUAACAGAAAUCAGACUUCUGCGUAAAGAGGUUGAACCAAAAACGAAUGGAAGCUAGAAGGGUCAUUUUAUAUGAUGCGCCAUACUUGAUUUAUCAGUAGCUUCUGUUCCCAAGCAAAUAACAGCUGUUAUUGCUCUGUAUGGUCAAUAACUUUAUUAUAAACCCUGUUCUUCAGGUUACCCAGGUUUAGCAAUCUGGCAAUAAUACGAAUUAACAUUAAGUGACUGCAGAUGUUGGCCUUGUAGCCAGCUGUGACAGGUCCGUUUUACCUGACUGCCACACAAACUUUUGCUAUAGCUAAAGCUAUUUAGCUGUGAAAAAUGUGAAGGCUGUGCAAUAACGAAUAAUAUGUGAGCUAUUACUUUCCAUAUAAAUGUGAACAUCAUACGAACAAGGCAAUGAUUGUAAGCAAGGGUUUGAUUAGCUUUAAUGUUAGGAUUAGCAUAAUAGCCCCAUGCAGAUGAAGCUACGUAUAAUUGACUUUUAUUUAAUUUAUUCACAAAAGGCCAGAAUCAGACUUUAUUAUCAUGUUUAGGUGCUAGCACUGGCCUCUUUAUUGUAGAUACUGAAUGUAUCCUGAGGAAAUAUUAUGGUUGCUGCUACAAAGGUUCCUGUUUUUGCUUAUACAUCACAGCAGUUUAUCACUAUGCAAAGAUAUUUAAAUGUAAUAAUUGAUAAGAUAAUUUGAGAUUAUAGUAAUUAACAGAUAUGACUGGUCUCUGUCUAUGUAAGUAUACUGAGCAUAUGAUAUCCGCUUGUCUGUUAGGCUGGCAUUAUACUUUACGUGUACUGUAUGUGUGCGCAACAAUGUUUACUCGACUGUAUACUUGACUGUAUUUGGGGAAUUAAAAGAAAAAAGCCUAGAACCACUAGGCCUGUUGCUGACCUCAUGUCCUUUAUUGCCCCAUUGGUAUUGCAUCUUGCAAAUGUUAAAUUCUUAGGAUGUCCACACCCACUGUGAUGAGUGACCUCAACGAUAGGUGGGCAGCCAUGUUGCGCACACAUACGUGUAGAUACAAUAAAAUAUCUCACAGCCUUAAGAUGGCCUUUGUGGCACAUGUUCUGGUUUUGUUUUCUGUGUAUAGCAUUGGUUCCCAAACUAGGGGUAGCGACCCCACAUAGGGUUGCUUGAUUUAUAAAUGGGGUCGCGAGAAACUCACAAAAUCUCUUCCUUUGUGAUAUUAAUUUAUUUUACAAAUUGAUAUUAGAAAUAUUUACUGGGAGUCGUAGUCAAACAAGCCACAUUUGCAUUAAGAGUUGAAUUUAUUAUGCAAGGAAUAUUCUCAUAGUUUUAAGUCACUUUUGGUACACGUGACUGACAUAAUGUUGGUGUUCUUUCGGCUGUUCCCCUUUGGGGUCGCCACAGCAGAGCAUUGGUCUACAUAUUUGAUUUGACACAGUUUUUUUAAAAUGUGAAAUCCUUAUAUACCUAUCGUGUGUUUCUAUAAGAAUGUGCCAGAUGAUGGCUGUGGUGAAAAGAAAAAAAAACAAUAAACAUUUUUAUCAUUGCCAUUUUAGGGUGAGUGUGGUUAUUAAAGAUGAUGUUUCUCUUCCCAGGCAUUCUGGUAGACAGGUGCCUGUCACGAGGGACUCAGAGCAGACCUGCAGUGCCUCCUGGGAUCCGGCCGCUAAUACAGUCCCAGUAUCUGGCCAGUGUGUUUGGGUGAAAAUUGGUAGCAUGGUCUAAGUGCUUCCUUUGCUUUCGAACACGCCAUGCUCCUUGGGCCCGCUGGUCCCAUAGGAGAGCUGAAGCAGAAACUCAUUACUAGCUGUAAAAUUGCGUAAAGAACAUCAAGCUGCUGGCUGUCACCCACCAAGUCAAUUAGAAAGAGGAGAGGAGAGGCCUGGAGGGAGUAUGAGGAGAUGUGAGAAAGCUGGAAAAAGAGGUGUGGAUUUUUACACAUAGGGCUGGACAGUUGGGGAGAUGCAGUCAACUGUAGUUUGGACAUUUAUCAUACAGAUCAGACAUGCCAGGACUUUACCGAAGGUUUGAUGGCAUGUACUGGCUCCAGACUCUUGACCUUGAGGCUAGCAUGCUUGCUGGAUUGCUGAACGGUCUAGAAGAGCCAUCUUUGGACUGAUUAAUCCCAAGUAUUGAAAUGAGUUGUGUGCGACAGGGGAACAAGGUAAGUACACUUGGUGGCAGUAUAAACUAUAAACCUAAAAUGUGGGCCAGUAUUCAAAAAAAAUGGCUUAAAUAUACAGCAAAAGCAAUCUGUCGUAAAAGUUCCAUUGUUUUUCUAUGGUUCCUAUGGCGAUAUGAACGACUUCUGAAAUGCCUCAGUAAAAAACAUGACCUACCUCAUCUUGCUUCUUAUUCACUAUGUGUAACCUGAUAAAAAAAGAUAAAUAAAACUCUCUCGGCUUCAUGAUUUGCAACCUGCAGCUCAGUAAGCACAAAUAUUAACAUCCUUCUGUGAUUUCUUUCUGAUACUGCUGGUUUUAUCAAACAACCGUCUCUGUGCAAGCAGAAAGAUGCUGACUGGCCGGUCACACUUGCGUGGCCUGUCCUGGGUUCAAGUGAUGAAUGUAAAUCAGCCAUGCAGCAUGUAGAACGAAUUCUGCACUCUGAGCCUUUAUGCUGUCUGUGUAAAAGGAUCCGAAUCAGAAGUGAGGUGCUGGAAGAGCAGAAUGGUGAGGGAUUUCUGACCAAAUGGCCUGCGUAUCUGAUGGUGGGUGAUGCAUUUGUGUGUAUGUCUAGAUCUAGCGCUUCUUCUUUAUUCUUUAUUAAAGUCAGAAUAAAGACAUGUGUGGGCAGGCAGAUUGGUCCAUGUCCCAGUGUGUAGGUGUCCAGACAGUUUCCCAUAAUGCUGUUUACGGUGAACUUUAACCCCUUUUAUAAGGUU